AUGUCACACAGCCGCAAUGGAUUCCUGGCUGUCGUCCUUGAUAACAUAAACAUUGGCUUCCUUGCGGAGUACUCACAGAUGCGCGUGACAUUGGGUAGCCUGCCGCUGGCUGUGGAGGAUGUCAACAAGAACGCCAAUCUGCUGCCGGGCAAGACCUUAAGUUUCACGCCCUUCGACAUCGGCCACACCAUGAGCAACUAUCGCGUUAAGCCUUUGAGAUUCAUGACGGAGAUGAAGGAGAAGAAGGUGAAGGCGUUUAUAGGACCCGAUGAGAGCUGCACCACCGAAGCUUUGCUAGCCUCAGCCUGGAACAUACCCAUGAUUUCAUUUAAAUGCUCCGACUCCAUUGUUUCCAAUAAGAGCACCUUUCAUACCUUUGCGCGCACUCUAGCGCCAGCUUCAAAGGUUUCCAAAAGCGUUAUAAGCCUUUUAAAUGCUUUUGAUUGGAAAAAGUUUGCCAUUGUUGUAAGCUCUAAGCCCAUUUGGGGCUCCGAUGUUGCCAGCGCUAUACAGGACUUGGCUGAAUCGCGUAACUUUAGCAUAACACAUUUUAAGUACAUAUCCGACUAUAUACCUAUAAAGAAAACCUUAACACAAAUUGAAAAUAUCAUAGAGGAAACCUAUGCAACAACUCGCAUUUAUGUAUUUAUUGGUGAGCAUAUUGCCAUGGUGGACUUUGUGCGUUGCCUGCAGAAUCGCAAACUUUUGGAGCGUGGUGAAUAUAUUGUUAUAACUGUCGAUGAUCAGAUAUAUAAUGCCAAUCAUCGAGUUAAUAUUAUGGAGCGCAAUUACUUAGAUCCUUAUAUUAGAAAAGAUAAGAGCAAAUCUCUGGAUAAAAUCUCAUUACGUUCAGUUAUAAGAAUAAGCAUGACAUAUCCACAAAAUCCUCAUAUUAGUGAUAUCUUUACUAAAAUCAAAGAGUAUGCGCGCAAAUCUCCGUUUCUUGUGCCGUAUCAUCAAAGAGUUUUUGAAAACAUAUCGGUGCCUGUUUAUGGUUUGCAUUUGUAUGAUAGUGUUAUGAUCUAUGCUAGAGCUAUAACAGAAGUCUUGGAACUAGGCGGCGAUAUCAAUGAUGGCAGCUUGGUUAUGAGUCAUAUAUUCAAUAGAUCCUAUCAUUCCAUACUGGGCUUUGAUGUAUUUAUUGACUCAAGUGGCGAUGCUGAGGGCAAUUAUACAGUUAUAAGUCUACAAACUGAUGCCAAUGCUGCUGCCACUGAAAAUUCUUUAUCUAAAAUGAAUAUGUUGCCAGUGGGCUACUUUGUUUAUAACAAAUACUCCAUUAUACCUGAAUUUCGUUACAUUAAAAACGGACGCGCUAUACAAUGGCUAAAUGGCCGUCCACCCUUAGCGGAACCGACCUGUGGUUUCUAUGGCGAACUUUGUCCUAAAAAAAAAUUGGAUUGGCGUUAUUUGGUUACAGCGCUGCUAUUUGCAUUUGUUUUAAUUGUUGCGCUUGCUUUGCUGUUAAAGCAUUAUCGCUAUGAACAAACUCUAGCUGGUUUACUUUGGAAAGUGGAUAUGAAAGAGGUUACGGUUAUCAAUUUGGGCGAAUACAACAAUCCAAGCCAUAAGAAUAUUAUACAAAUACGACGUCAAAGCAUUUUAGUCGUAGGUGAACCCAAUAAAAGAUCCUUUACCAACAUAGCUCUCUUUCGUGGCAAUAUUGUAGCCAUGAAGAAGAUACACAAAAAGAAUGUGGACAUGACACGUUCCAUACGCAAAGAACUCAAAUUAAUGCGCGAUGUGCGACAUGAGAACAUAAAUAACUUUAUAGGCGCUUCGAUUGAUCAUGGCUCGGUUAUUAUAUUUACCACGUACUGUGCGCGUGGCAGCUUGGAGGACGUGCUGGCCAAUGAGGAUUUGCAUUUGGACCAUAUGUUUAUAUCAUCGCUAGUGUCUGAUAUUUUAAAGGGCUUGAUUUACUUGCAUGACUCCGAAAUCAUAUCACAUGGCAAUUUGAGAAGCAGCAACUGCCUCAUUGACUCCAGAUGGGUUUGCCAAAUAUCAGACUUUGGCUUGCAUGAACUUAAAGCGGCGCAGGAUGAGCCAAAUAAAGCUGAGCUGGAAAUAAAACGCGCACUCUGCAGAGCUCCAGAGCUGUUAAGAGACUCCAAUCGUCUCGCUCGUGGCUCACAGAAAGGCGACAUUUAUUCAUUUGGCCUGCUGCUGUAUGAAAUGAUAGGACGCAAAGGUCCUUGGGGUGAAACCGCUUACACCAAUGAGCAAAUCAUUGAGUUUGUCAAGAGUCCCGAUCUGCUGCAGCAUGGCGUCUUUCGUCCCGCUCUCACACAACUGGAUAUACCCAAUUAUAUUAGACAGUGCCUGCGCUUGUGCUGGGAUGAGGAUGCUGAACUGCGUCCGGACAUUAGACUUGUGCGCAUGCAUCUGAAAGAACUGCAAGCGGGCUUAAAACCAAAUAUAUUUGAUAACAUGCUGGCUAUUAUGGAAAAAUAUGCUUAUAAUCUGGAGGGUCUAGUCCAAGAGCGCACUAAUUUAUUAUACGAAGAGAAGAAGAAAACCGAUAUGCUGCUCUAUCAAAUGUUGCCCAAAACUGUGGCUGAGCUUUUAAAGCGUGGUGAUCCGGUUAAGGCCGAAUGUUUUGACUGCGUCACAAUACUCUUCAGCGAUAUUGUGGGCUUUACGGAAAUUUGCACCAAGAGUACGCCCUUUCAGGUGGUGGAAAUCCUAAAUGAUUUAUACACAUGCUGCGAUUCAAUUAUAUCCAAUUAUGAUGUCUAUAAGGUGGAGACCAUAGGCGAUGCUUAUAUGGUAGUGUCUGGACUGCCGCUGCCCAAUGGCAAUCGCCAUGCGGGUGAGAUAGCUUCACUAGCACUGCAUCUAUUAGAGACCGCUGGUAAUCUGAAGAUUAGACACAAGCCCACGGAAACAAUGCAAUUUCGCAUUGGCAUACACUCGGGUCCAUGUGCAGCUGGCGUCGUGGGUCAAAAGAUGCCCAGAUAUUGUUUGUUUGGUGACACGGUGAAUACAGCAGCGCGCAUGGAAAGCACCGGAGAAGCUAUGAAAAUUCACAUAUCGGAGGCUACAUAUAAAUUACUGGAGGAAGUCGCCGGCUACUGCUGCGUGGAGCGAGGGCUAACAAGCGUUAAGGGCAAAGGCGACAUGCGCACUUAUUGGUUAACCAAGCGCCUGCAGCCGGAAAUGCGUGCAAUUAUAUUUAAUGAUUGGGCUCCCGAUCUUAUAAGCACCAUGGAUGCAUCCAGUGCAUGUUGCUGGCAAAGCAGAGGUGAGUUCUUAAAAAAGCGUAGCAAAAAACUUUGUUUUAACCACAGGUUAGAUUCCUGUAAAUGUGCUAUUAAAUCCUUAUAUAGUCGUCGCUCCGAUGACAAUCUCAGCGCCGCUCUGGAGCACCAGAAGUACAGCAACCAGCAUAGGGAGACAGGGCAGAUCAAUUGCAAUCAGCUGUGCGUUUGUCGAUUGAGCGGCAGUCCGUCCUUGAUUAAUCGUAGUCCUAGAUCUGCGCCAAGUAUUACAUUUCGUUUAUAAAGAAAGCGCAAGCACUGAACUGUAAGCUAAUAACAAUAUAAUUAAUAGAAAUUAGAAUUUGUAGAACGUCGU